CGUGUGUGUAAUCUUAACCUCUCCUUCCACAGAGGGGGCCGAGGGCUGAGGAGCCAAUGUUCUCCAGCAGCCUGUGGGGUCCAUCAUGUGACAGCCUAGACCAGCUGAUAGACCACUGCCUGCUGCCUGAGCUCAGCCCUGGAGACUGGCUGGUCUUUAACAACAUGGGGGCUGCUGGUCUGGGGGACAUCUCCUCCUUCAGUGACCGCUCAGCCAUCAGACCACCUGUCUACUACACUGUCUCCACUGCUGACUGGUACAACAUACAGGAGGCUGGAAUAGCUGUGGACAGCAUCAUGAAGACGUGUCCAUGGUCAGUACGGUGCAUAGCUCCGCUCUGUCCCUCCCGAGAGAGAUCUCCUUACCCUGGGCUUUUAGUGGUCAACAUUCAACGGCCUUGGAAAAUGAAGUGUUCAUCUUUCCAGGAAGGUUGAAAUAGACUUGUGAUU